GACAUAUGGCAGAAAAAAAUAGAAUACUUGUAAUAAUCUAUUAACUCUGACAUAAGCAUAAGCCCAGUGAAUGACAACACAUAUUAAAUCUGAAUUGUAAUGGCUUGUAGCAUAGUAAACUUCUGUAUAUUUUUAAUAUUUUUCAAUAUAUUUUAUUUUACUAAUAGCCAGAAAACUGUUAUAGAACUUGAUGAGGAUAACUGGAAUGAAAUUUUAAAUGGCGAAUGGCUGGUGGAGUUUUAUGCUCCGUGGUGUCCCGCAUGUAAAGCAUUAGAACAAAAAUGGAGAGAAUUUGCUCAGUUAGGUCCUGGCUUAGGUAUAAAAAUUGGUGCCAUUGAUGUUACUACCUCCCCAGGGCUAAGUGGCAGAUUUAUGGUUACUGCCUUGCCUACAAUAUUUCAUGUAAUAAAUGGCCAAUUUCGACAAUAUAAAGGCUCAAGAGACAUAAAUGCAUUCACUUCUUUCAUCGAAGACAAAAAAUGGGAGGUAGUAGAACCAGUUUCUAGCUGGAAAUCACCAAAUUCUAUUCAAAUGGGCAUUGUAUCUUCUUUUUUCAAGCUAUCACAACUUUUGAGACAAAUUCAUAAUAAAUUGACGGAAGAAUAUGGAUUACCCAGUGUGGGAUCAUAUCUAAUUUUUGCUAUAGCUACAAUUAUUUUAGGAGCUUUACUGGGCUUGAUUUUGGUAUGUGCAAUAGACCUUAUAUUCCCUCCAAAACACACAACUACACCAACAAAAUGGAACAAGAAGGAUGAUAAGGAUAGUGAUAAUGAAUUGAAUGAUGAAGAUAUUAAAGAUGAUCUUGUUGAUGAUGCUAGUCAGUCGGGCGAUGGAGAUGCUCAGAAUUCUGGAACUGAUUCUGAAAAUCAAAUUUCUGCUGAAAAAAAUAGUACAAAACCAAAAAAACGCAGAAACAGAAAGGACAUGUGAUCUGAAUGCCUUUAUAUCGACUAUUAAGUAUAAUUUAGUACUGACCCGUUAAUUUGAGUAACAAACCGAUUAUUUUUGUUUUGAACAGAUAUUGCAAUGUAUCUGUCAUGAAAAGGACUGAAUAUAACAUGUUUGGAACAUCGAGAGAUUGAUAAAUAUCAAAAAUUAAGGAUGAAUCAACAAUAAAAGUUUGGUAAUGUUAUAUGCAAUUUGUAAAUUUAUUUAAAUAUAACUCUACAAAGAAAUAUUUCUUCAUAAUAUCUUUUCAUAUUAUUUAUAUCCAAAAAUGUGUUUCACAAACCUGUUGAUUCAUCCAUUUAUUUAUUUAUUUUUUGAUUGAUUAUUUUCGGUGUUCUGUUUCAUUCCAAAUGGUUGUGUGGAUAUUAAAACUUUCUUUAUAUCUUGUGUAUAAUUUUUUAGGACUGUACAGUUUUUUAAAUUAGAUAGAUUUAUAAGUGCAAGUUCUUCACUGCGGAAAGUACAUACUAAUAAGCAUUAUUGCAAGCAACAUUUAAAUGAUUAUUAAAUGCUUUCAUAGAUUAUUCGAAUUCUAAUAAAUUUUUGCAGUGGAUAUUGAUAAUCAAAAUAUACUUUUUAUAACUAAAUUUGAUAAUUAUUUUUUGAAUAAAACAGUUAUUAAUCAAAAUUUAUCAUUUUUACCUAAAUGAUUUUAUUGAUCCGAUUGUAUCCCUUUUAAAAUAAAAAACAUAAUUUAUUAUUACACCCCAACAAAAUUAACAUAGUUUAUUAUCAAGCUAAAAGUUUAGAAUGAAAUUUUUUGUUUAGUAAGUUUGUCGCCCAAUAUUUCUAUCUGAAAUAAAAUUAUUUUUCAAGAUUAAUUGACACUUUUGUACUAACAGAAAAUUAGUUGCCUGGCAAUCAUCGGGAAGUUAAAACGAAUACCCUUCGUCAUUAGCGCCGACUGUGUAAGAGAGCGGCCGGCCGAUUAGACAAACUGCUACUGUCUAUCGCUACUUUGGCGGCAAUGACGGCAAAAAACGAUUUUAUGACUAUUUAAAUCCGCGGCAUCAAACUAUAUUAGUUAUUUUCAAGGUGUUUUAUAGAAGUACUUACAUGUGAAACUAUCUUUUUAUUUGGAGAACAUGAUACAUAAGACCAUUAACAAUAAGGGUUUGGUGGAACAUAUCACUGAACGGGAGCAGUAGAAUUCUGACUCCAAGCCCACUAUGCUGAAUAAUGGAGCCACUUUGUACACAAACGGAUCCGGGAGGGAUGGCUUGGUCGGAGCAGGCUUUUACGGAGGACACUCCAAAAUAAGCAAAUCUGUUUUGCUUGGGGAACUUGCUACCGUCUUCCAAACCGAGGUAUUCGCUAUGAUGGAAUGCGGACGCGCGAUAGUCAAUCGACCCCACACAGUAAUUUCAAUCUGCUCAGACAGCAGAGCUAUACAAGCCAUAAUGACUAACACAGUGUGCUCUAGAAUAGUCCUGGAAUGAAAGAAAGUCUUAAAAAAUCUGGUGAGUGAUGGUUGCAAGAUUCAGCUCGUUUGAGUGUCCGGUCACUCGAGCAACAAAGGCAACGACGAGGCGGAUUCACUCGCCAGGCUGGGCCCAUAAUCCAUCCUUGGUGUGGCCAAAAGUGUUGCUAUCGCGUCUCUCAACGGUCUACUUGCAAGGUGAAAUCCGGAGUGCCGUUGUUGCAUGGAUGAGGAUGAACCUGCAGACACGUCAUCUGUGUCAUAGCAACACUAAACAAAAUCCUAUUAAACAUUAAUAAUGAUAUACUUUUGAAAAAUAUCAAAAGGAUCUCUUUGUACUAAUUUACUUUCAGUCUCUGAAGAUGAUAAUGGUUACCGAAACGCGCGUCAGAUAGUGUAAUUGUGAGUGUUAUGUAGUGGUAGUGUGAACAGUGUGUUCAGUAUUUGUAUUUGGUGGUAAAGGAAUUAAGUUUUAAGCAAAAAAAGUUAUCCUUAAAAAGCGUACAUAAAAUUGUUUUUUAGUAUGUAGUUGUAAAGUAUGUGUGGACAACAUUACAGCCCACUUAAAACCCUUCUGAUAAUGUCGGACGUUUUAUAUCCUACACAGAGAAUCAGAAAACGAAGAUCGAUGAUGGCUUGUUGCAAGUUUAAGAUUGGUUCGAAAAAGCAUUAAUAAGCAGGUGGGAUGCAAUUGCUAGCAUUGUGAUGAAUGAUGCACCUUAUCACAGGUCAUGAAUAAUUGUUGAACGACAGAGGUUAAGAAAGCUUUAAUUCAAUUUGAUUUGGAAAUAUCAUAAGAUUUAUAAGCAGAAUUAUUACCUUUAGUUAAAUCUAAUAAGGUAGAAGAGAAACACGUUGCAUUUUGACAAUGCAUUGUAUUACAUUUGUCUCUUAACCAUUGUGAGUCGAAUCCAGUAGAAUUAAUUCCAUAAAUAAUUGGAGUCCUAUCAGAGAUGUAUAGCAAUUAUUCUAAAGAAACUACUGCUGUUGCUCAUUAAGAGACGCCAAAACAAAACAAAAACCAUUGUCUAGUGAAGAAAGUCCAAGUCACAAGAUAAAAAGAGAUUGUGUAAGGUACAGUAAAAAAAAAUUAAAAAAAAACAUAUGAACCCAGAUCAUGUUUCAAGGAUCCAGGACGGUUCAACCAAACUGUAAAACACCUCUAAAUAUGGUCCAUUGGGCCGCGGAGAAGGUUCUAAAUAAAAUACGUCGUCCAUAGGGCCGCUCUAGGCAGUGGGGAAAGUGCAGUUGCGGGCCUAUGGACCGCACCGGAUCUCAACGUGUUUAACAUCAUUCAAUUUUACAUCAAAAAGUUACUCGAUAUUGUGUACAGUUUUCGGAAAAUUUGAUUUGAAAAUUAUGAAGUAACUCCAAAUAUUUUUCAGUUUUCUAUCUAUCCUAGAGACGGGAUCACCUUUUUUAGAAACACCCUGUAUAAUUUUCAUUAUAUCUCUGUAUAUUCAACCAAUAAGUAUAAUCUAAUUGAAGAUAUAAUAUUGGUUGAUCCUAAUAACGCAUAUUCAAUGCAAUUAUUAUGAAAAUGACAUUUGGAGUUUUCGUGUCUUUUUAUCUUCAAACUUAAGUGACCUUGAUCAGUGACCCCUUUUCUAUCAAAAGUAGGCAAGAAAAACAAUAUAAUACAUUUUUUAAAUCACAAAUAGAAUUACUUUUGAUAAAUCUUGAGUAAAUUUUGUUAUGUAGGUAUAAUAAAACUUGGUAAUGACUUACCUCUUUUAAUUAUAUCUUUUCUUCGUUUAUAUAUUUACAAAAUA